GACGUAUUUCGUUAAAAGGAUGGAAACUUUUUACGUUGAAAUGUAAACAAAAGGAAAAACGGAUCGGGUGGGUGGACAAGUGAAUACCCUCCGCGGUGGAAACCUACCAGCUGUUGGUGGCCUCGAGGAAAAUUUCGUUGCCGAAAGCAACAGUUAUCGCGAUUGGUGGUUUGGGAUGAGUGAGCAAUAGUAGUAGCUGGUGUAGCACGUACCGCCAGCAGUCAUGUUUUCCGUGUUCAAGAAGCUCACGAACAAAAACGAUGGCCCUGCCGUAUCGAUACCAGAGUCCGUGGGGCAGACGAUGUCCGAUUCGCUUAAGAAGCGAUUUUCUCGUGGAGUCCAGUAUAACAUGAAAGUUGUUAUCAAGGGCGAUCGGAACGUCGGUAAAUCAUGUCUACUGGAGCGACUGCAGGGAAAAGCCUUCAUCGAGCAGUACACUCCCACGGAGCAGAUCCAGGUAGCCAGCAUCCAAUGGUCGUUCAAGGCGACCGAUGACGUGGUGAAGGUGGAAGUAUGGGACGUGGUCGAUCGUGGGAAAUCGAAGCAGAAAAGCUCCAACCUGAAGCUAACGACUGCCGGGCCAGGUGCGGAACCGGACAUUCCCGUGCUGGAUGCAGAGUUCCUCGACGUGUACAAGGGCACACAUUGCGUGGUGAUGGUGAUGGACAUAACCAAAGCAUGGACGUUCGAUUACGUUUGCCGCGAGCUGCCAAAGGUUCCGACGGACAUUCCGGUACUGCUGCUGGGCAAUCACUGUGAUAUGGGACACCAUCGGGUGAUUACAGCGGAACAGGUGCACGGGUUCGUGGAGUCGGCCGGCCAGGAACGCAAGGCCGAGAUCGUGUACGGUGACAGCUCCAUGCGCAACGGGUUCGGACUGCGUUUGCUGCACAAAUUCUUUGGCAUUCCGUUUCUUUACCUGCAGAAGAGUGCUCUCGAGGCGUCGCUCAGGAAAAAUGCACAGGAUCUCGACAUCUGCCGGUUGGAAAUUGAUGAGUAUCAGAAAUCGGACGAUUCCGACUAUGGUCGCUUCCUGGAUGCACUCAUCAGCAAAAAGAAGGCACGGGAAGGCACCACCAACCUAACCAACCCUACCGAUCCAUCCGUCAUUCGACCGACGAAAAGCAUUAUUCUAGGCGGUGGCCAUCCAAUCAUUGUACCCGAUCGGAAUUCUCAUCUGGCGGUCGCAUCAACGACGGCCGUCAACACAACCAAGCUUAACCCACAGCAACGGCAGCAGGAACAACCGGCUCGCAGUGCUACGAUGGCCACCCUGUCGUCCGAUAUCGGGUUCGGGAAGAUUGACAACGUGGAUGAGUUUUGUCCGGAUGGAGGUGUGUUGGAUAAAUCGUUCCUGGAGGAUACGGUUGAUGCUGGGUCAGGUCGGCAGUCGUCCAGCUUUUCACCGACCGCUGAAAGUGAUGACGACGAGGAUGAGCGACACAAUCCGCUCGUGUCGAGGUUCGACGAGGAAGAUACUGGUGGUGGUGAGGUGCCCGAGCUGGCGGAUGUAUCAGAGAAAGCAUCGGAGUCAAAUGCUGUGAAAAGCAUGCCGGUGAAUCCUCUGCGAAGUGAGCCAGUGCGUGGAUCGGUGGCCCUUACGCCAACUGCCAACUAUCAUGAAGAGGUGCGGGAAGAUGAGGAGGACCAGGAUGAUGGCGAACGGAAGCUUUCGCUGCUGAGCGUCGAGCUGGAAAUGGGUCGGAUAACACCGGGCGCGAAGGAUAAGAUGAAUCCACACUACGAAGGCUGGUCGAUGAUCGACACGAAAGAGCGCCGAUCGCCGGAAGGUGGCGAAGAUGUCGUGUCCACCUCCUCGGUAAACCGUUCCAAGAGCUCAUCGGAGAAAAAGUCGAAGGAUAAAGACAAAAAGCACAAGAAGAAGAAGUCGAGCAAAGAAAAGGACGACAGUGGUCGUAGCAGCGACGGGAAGCACCAUCGGAGCAGCAAACGCAAGAGCCACGUGGACGAGUUCCUGAAGGAGAUGCAGUCGAAUGCGGCGUACGACAACGGUGCAGACGGUGCUGGUGGUGGUGGUGCUGUGGUGGACGACGAUGCUUAUGAAGCGCUCUGAGAUUACUCCUCGAACUGCCGGACGGUGUGGACUGUGUCAGUCGAACGCCCAGUGUCGCCAGUUUCCACGCGAAUUUACGAUUCUUAUAUUCCACGAUAAUAAUUGUUAAGCUUCUCUCACUAACAACACUACCGUACGGAUGCUCCCGUUGCUGCUGCUGGUUCUGCGCGGGGCUAGACGAGCGCCGAGGCACGCAUGAAGGAGAGCGUACUACAAAGUUUACUAAAAAUAUAUAAUAUGUUUUAACCAAGCCUGCCAGACCAACCUGCUCUCUCCCAGGGACUAGAGUUUGAAGCCGUUUCCGAAGAGGAAAGCACGCCCGAUCGGUGAAGGAACUCGCGACCCGCCCUUGCCCUUAAUGAAGCUAAUUUAGGUGCCAUUGCUUCGCUUGUUUCAGCAAAUGAAGCAGCACUUGUCCCUUUAUUCGUUGAUUCGCUGUGAAAAUCGAGGACACAAUUUAAUUAAACGACCACUACCACGCACGCUGCUGGUUUCGUCUAGUGCUUGCCGGUACGAUCCGGCUGCAAGUGCAGUGAGUGGCCACAUCGAUAUCCCUUAGCUCGAUAUCCAAUGAGUACCUAGUGUGUGUGUGUGUGUGUGGUUUCCGUAAAUGUUACCACAUCAAAAGACCAUUUCCCAGUUUCGCGUUUUUUCCCAUUAGCCAAGUGGAUCAAGAUCCGACUGCUUCGUCGUGCAGGAAGAGGCGAACAGCACUGAAGCAACCGCAAUGCGAUGAAGCGGGACGCACAUACAAAGGGCUUCCGGUAAGAGGGAUUAACUUUUUCUCACACUUCUCGUCUACUUCGGGCGUGUUCUCGCGCUGUUUGUUUUUUCGCUCUGUGUUUUUCCCGGCCCUUCGUUCUGUGUGGUUCGUUUCAGGGAUUCUCCUUCGUCGUUUCGAGGCAGGUAUCCUUGUGAAAAAGGAUCCGCUGAAAAGGGAAAAAAGCAGGGACAUCGAAGAACACGGUGUGGUGUGAUGUGAGAACGUUGGGCACGGCGUUUCUCAAGGCAAUAAUGGGCAAAAAAGGACACGGUGUAACCUGAGCAUGCUGCAGCCCACAGCAACCGGAGGGGUUAUGAGGAAGUUGAAGCAAAAAACUGAAUUUGUUUGGCUUUUCUGAUUUACUGUAAGCUUUUUGAAACUAUUGAGAAACAAUUUCCAAAUAAAUGUAAUCAUUUUCAGAAGACAAA